UUAGAUCUACUGAAGGUCAACAAUGAAAAACCAGACCACAUUUACUGAGUUUAUCCUAUUGGGCCUCACAAAUCAGCCUGAACUCCAGGUGGUGGUAUUUAUCUUUCUGUUUCUCACCUACAUGCUAAGUGUCAUAGGAAAUCUGACCAUCAUCACCCUCACCUUACUAGACCCCCACCUCCAGACACCCAUGUAUUUCUUCCUCCGGAAUUUCUCCUUCUUAGAAAUUUCCUUCACAUCUAUUUUUAUUCCUAGAUUUCUGACCAGCAUGACAACAGGAAAUAAAGUCAUCAGCUUUGCUGGCUGCUUGACUCAGUAUUUUUUUGCUAUAUUCCUCGGGGCAACAGAGUUUUACCUUCUGGCCUCUAUGUCCUAUGACCGCUAUGUGGCCAUCUGCAAACCCUUACAUUACCUGACCAUCAUGAGCAGCAGAGUCUGUAUACAACUAGUAUUCUACUCCUGGCUGGGGGGAUUCCUAGCCAUCUUACCCCCAAUCAUCCUGAUGAGCCAGGUGGAUUUCUGUGUCUCCAAUGUUCUGAAUCACUAUUAUUGUGACUAUGGACCCCUCAGGGAGCUUGCUUGCUCAGACACAAGUUUCUUAGAAUUGAUGGUCAUCCUCUUGGCAGUUGUGACCCUGGUGGUGACUCUGGUGCUGGUGACACUUUCUUAUACAUACAUUAUCAGGACCAUUCUGAGGAUCCCUUCUGCCCAGCAAAGAACAAAGGCCUUUUCCACUUGCUCCUCCCACAUGAUUGUCAUCUCCCUCUCUUAUGGCAGCUGCAUGUUUAUGUACAUUAAUCCCACCGCAAAAGAAGUAGGUGCUUUCAACAAAGGAAUAGCUGUGCUCAUUACUUCAGUUACCCCUCUGUUGAACCCCUUCAUUUACACUCUAAGAAAUCAGCAAGUGAAGCAAGCCUUCAAGGAUACUGUCAAAAAAAUUGUAAAGUUUUAAUUAAAAAACUGAAUACAUUUCAAUUAAAAAAUGUUUUAUUUACUAAAUAUGUAUUGAGUUUCUGCUAUACUUCAAAUGCUGAGCUGAUCCU